AUGGCUCAAGAACACAGAUCAGGUUCGACUUCGAUAGGUUCUAACGUGAGCGGAGUGCUAACUCACGGCGGUAAAUACGCGCGGUACAAUCUUUACGGUAAUUUAUUUGAGGUGUCUAGUAAAUACGUUCCCCCGCUGAGGCCCCUUGGUCGUGGCGCCUAUGGUCUUGUAUGUGCUGCUGUCAAUAAAGAGACUAAUGAGGAGGUCGCUAUCAAGAAAAUCGGCAAUGCAUUUGAUAACAGAAUAGAUGCAAAAAGGACUUUGAGAGAGAUUAAACUCUUGCGCCACUUGGAUCACGAAAAUGUUAUUGCUAUCAAGGACAUUGUUAGGCCGCCAAAGAGGGAGGCUUUCAUCGAUGUGUACAUAGUCUAUGAAAUGAUGGAUACAGACUUGCAUCAGAUAAUCCGGUCUGAUCAAGCAUUAACUGAUGAUCACUGUCAGUACUUCAUCUAUCAGCUGUUAAGAGGACUGAAAUACAUACACUCGGCAAAAGUUUUGCACCGUGACCUUAAGCCGAGCAAUUUGUUUCUGAACGCAAAUUGUGACCUUAAGAUUGGAGAUUUCGGGUUGGCUAGGACAACAUCUGAAACCGAUUUCAUGACUGAAUAUGUUGUUACACGUUGGUACCGAGCGCCUGAAUUGCUGCUUAAUUGCUCAGAGUACACUGCUGCAAUUGAUGUGUGGUCAGUUGGUUGCAUCCUUGCCGAAAUAAUGACCAGAGAACCUAUUUUCCCUGGAAAGGAUUAUGUCCAUCAACUCAGGCUCAUUACAGAGCUUUUAGGCACACCAGAUGAAACGAGCCUUAAAUUUCUAAGAAGUGAUAAUGCCCGAAGAUAUGUGAAGCAGCUACCCGUUUUCCCUAAACAAAAUUUCUCCACAAGAUUUCCAAAUAUGUCUCCAUUGGCCCUGGAUUUACUUGGAAAGAUGCUCGUCUUCGACCCCAACCAAAGAAUAAAUGUUGACGAUGCCCUAUGUCAUCCGUACUUGUCCACUCUUCAUGAUCUAAACGACGAGCCAAUUUGCUCCACGCCUUUCAGCUUUGAUUUCGAGCAGCCAUCCAUAACCGAAGAAAACGUUAAGGAGCUAAUUUGGAAGGAGUCACUUGUAUUCAAUCCCGAAUCCUUUUGCAAUGUGAAAGAUGGACUGAUGGAGUAA